AUGGCUUCAAACCGCGACGACCUUGCCGGCUCAGAGUCCGACGACGAGCCUUUCAACUUCGAGCCUGCUGUUGCCUCCGACAACGAGGAUGAAGGCCACAGGGACUCCGAUCGCGAUGACGAAGAUGAAGUGAGGCCGGGCAGAACGGGCGGCAAGAAGCCCAGCAGGCACCAGAGCCCCGACGAAGACGAGGGCGGCGCAGCCGAGGACGAUGAGGAAGGCGGUGAAGACGAAGAAGGGGGCGACGAUGACGAGGAAGAGGACGACGAGGAGGAGGAAGACGAGGACGAGGAAGAAGUAGUCGGCCACCAGCGCAAACGCCGCAAGCGUGAUGCUCGCCUGCAGUUCAUCGAUGUGGAAGCCGAAGUCGACGAGGAAGACGAAGAAGAGCUCGACGAGGAUGACGAACUCCCGGAGGAGACCCACCCCGAUGACCUUCUUGACAUGCCUGCCGGCGCCGAGAACGAUGACCGCCGCCACAGGGAACUCGACAGACAACGUGAGCUCGAGGCUAGCAUGGACGCCGAGAAACAGGCUGCUGCGCUGAAGGAGCGCUACGGACGCAACCGCGCAUCUGCCGUGAACUCGGAAGUCCUUCCGCAGAGAUUACUCCUUCCGAGCGUCGACGACCCGACCAUUUGGGGUGUAGGCUGCAAGCCUGGAAAGGAAAGAGAAGUUGUCUUCGACAUCAUGAAGAGGGUCGAGGACCGAAUGGGCACCCGCGAGCCUCUGGAGAUUUGCUCCGUCUUCGAGCGCGGCAAUGUUGCCUCUGGUUACAUCUAUGUCGAGGCCCGUAAGCAGGCUGCUGUCAUGGCUGCCUGUGAGAACAUCUCAUUCUGUUACGUCCGCGGCAAGAUGGUGCUGGUCCCUCUGAAGGAGAUGCCUGAUCUUCUCCGAGUCAAGAAGUCGAAGGAGCUUGUUGAGGGCAUGUACGUUCGUAUCAAGGGCGGUGGACUCUAUGCAGGCGAUUUGGCUCAGGUUUCCGAGGUCGAAGCAAACGGAAACGAGGUGCAAAUUCGCCUGAUCCCCCGUUUGGACUAUGGACUCCACGACGACCCUAACGCCCUUCCUGACGCCAAGCGGAAGCGGCCCGGUACUCUCACCACCCGUCCUCCUCCAAGGUUGUUCAGCGAGACUGAAGCAAAGAAGAAGCACCUCAAGUUUCUGUCCCAGGAGAACUCCUUGUCCGGCCACAGGAUCUGGAUCUACAAGAAGGACCGUUACAUUGAUGGAUUCCUCGAGAAGGUCGUCAAGCUGAACCAACUUCAGACUGAAAAUGUCAACCCACGCCUGGAGGAAGUCACAAGGUUCGCGGCUGGUGGAGAGGAUGGCACCGAGAACCUGGAUCUUGCGGCUCUUGCCGCCACCCUCAAGCAAGCGUCGACUGGUGCCGACUACAUGCCUGGCGACAUGGUUGAGAUCUACCAUGGCGAACAGAAGGGCGUGUCCGGCAAAGCAAUCGCCGUGCACAACGACAUUGUGACGCUUAGGGUCCAAGAAGGCGAAUUGAAGGGUCAGACGGUCGAGGCACCCGUCAAGUCGCUGAGGAAACUGUUCAAGGAAGGAGACCACGUCAAGGUCGUCGGUGGUAGCAAGUACCACGACGAAGUUGGUAUGGUCAUCAAGGUCAGGGAUGACCGAGUCACUCUCCUCACGGACUCCACCAACCAGGAAAUCACUGUCUUCAGCCGUGAUCUGCGUGUUGCGUCUGAUAGUGGUGGUAUGCAGAGCGCGUCCAAGUACGAUCUGUUUGACCUCGUCCAGCUCGAUGCCUCUACGGUUGCUUGUAUCAUCAAGGUGGAUCGCGAGUCCCUCCGUGUUCUGGAUCAAAAUGGCUCUGUUCGCACUCUCCUGCCAUCGAACAUCUCGAAUAGGGUUGACAGGCGCAAGAACGCUGUUGCUACUGACCGGGAUGGCUCUGAGAUUCGCACCGAAGAUACUGUGAAGGAAGCCGGUGGUGAACAGCGUCAAGGCCGUGUCCUUCACAUUCACCGCAGCUACCUUUUCGUGCAGAACAAGAAUCGGGCGGAGAAUGCUGGUGUCUUCGUCGUCCGCUCUGGCAAUGUGACCACUGUUGCUGCCAAGAGCGGUAAGGUCAGCAGCGCUGGUCCCGAUUUGUCAAAGAUGAAUCCUCUCCUGCAACGGCAAGACCUGCGGAACGGACCCAACGGCCCCGGCUCUAUGGCUCCACCCAAGACCAUGGGUCGUGACAGGAUGCUCGGCAAGACCGUCAUCGUCCGCAAGGGCGCUUACAAGGGUUUACUCGGUAUCGUAAAGGAUACUACAGACCUUGAGGCUCGUGUCGAGCUGCAUACCAAGAACAAAACCAUCACCGUUCCGAAGGAUACCCUGAGCAUCAAGGAUCCCAUCACUGGAGCAACCAUUGGCGGUGGCGGCGGUGGUCGUGGCCGUGGCAUGCCAGGCCAAGGCGGUUACGGUGGCUCAACCCCAGGCUCUCGCGUUCCCGGAGGUUGGGGCCAGUCUGGUGGCAGAACUCCCAUGGGAGCACAGUCCGGUGGUCGAACUCCUGCUUGGGGCGGUGCUGCCGCUCGAACGCCGGCGUGGGCGGCAAAUGGCUCUUCCACAUCAUAUGGUGGAGCUGGCGGCCGCACUCCCGCUUGGAACUCUGGCUCAAGCCGCACCCCCGCUUGGGCAGGCGGCAACGACGGCAGCAGGACGAGCUACGGUGGCGACGGUGGCCGCACUGCUUACGGUGGUAGCACCGCUUACGGCGGCAGCACGGCGUACGGCGGAAGCACAGCCUACGGUGGCGGCGACUCUCCCCUCUUCGUCCCUCCACAGUCCCGCAACUCCACCUGGUCCGCAUCCUCGCGCACCCCCUACGGCGCCGGCUCCUCUUCUUCCUGGGGCGGCGGCGCCAACGACGGCGGCAGAACCCCUGCAUGGGGCGCCGCCGGUGGCCGCACCCCAGCCUACCAAGCCAACAAAGACUCGCAACCCACUCCCGGCUCAUCGUGGGCGCAGCCUACGCCCGGCGCUUUCGACGCGCCCACGCCCGGCGGUUUCAGUGCCCCCACGCCCGCGGCCGCGACCGAUCAGCCUACGCCGCGCUUUGGUGGCGGUGGCGGUGGUGGCUACGGCGGUUUCGGCGCCACGCCGGCCGCUGCGCCGACGCCUGCGCAGUAUCCGGAGACGCCCGGUGGAUACGGGCCGCCUGAGACGCCGGCGGCGGCGGAUGAUGCGGGGUAUGAUUGA